CCUACACUGACCGGCUUUAGUAGGCGUAAUUGAGAAAUAUUCUUUUCUUCUUGAAUAAGGUUGAAGCUGCGAUUGGUAGCUAUCCCUUAUAAUCCUGUAUUCAAUCCAAGAAAACAUCUCCCACAAAACACCAUCAUCAGCAAUCAUGGGCUUAAGCAUUGAUACAAUCGUAAACACUUUGGCAGCUACUGUUUUGCAUCCGAUCGCAUUGUUGGGCUAUGUUGGCUAUCGAUCCUAUGAAGCAAAACAACUUCCACCACGUGAUGGACUCUUGACUACUGCAUAUAUCUUCUUAGCACUUCGAUUCGGUAAAUGGUUUAGUAAUCGAUGGAGAAAUGGCUUGAUUCCACAAAAACGUUUAAAUGCACAGACCUGGAAUCAAGAAUUGGCUUUGAUCACCGGAGGAGCACAAGGAAUUGGUAAACAAACGGCCGAACAAUUGGCAAAGAAAGGUUGUCAAGUUGUGGCUAUUGAUAUCGUAAACUUUAAACCUACGCAUCCAAACAUUCGUGCUUAUAAAUGUGAUAUCGGCAAUUAUGAAGCACUGGAACAACUACGUGAUCAAAUCCGAAAGGACUAUAACGGACAAGAUGUUACAAUGGUUGCGAAUAUUGCAGGAUUGAACAAUAAAUCGCUAAUUUUGGAUUUGGAUCGUAAGAAGGUUGAUUCGAUGAUCGAUGUUAAUCUCAAAUCACACUUUUAUACCGCAAUGCUUUUCUUACCCGCAAUGGUCAAACGUAAACGUGGACAUUUCCUAAGCGUUGCUUCCACAAUGGGAUACGUUGGUAUUUGUCAUCAAAGUGAUUAUGUUGCAACGAAGCAUGGGUUGGUUGGAAUGCAAGAGAGUCUAUAUUACGAAAUGCAAAAGAUGUAUAAAACUCCAAACGUGCGAACAUCGAUUGCUAUUAUUGGUCAUACUAAAACUGGAUUAUUUGAAACAUUCAACGUUGGACCUAUUGGACGAUUUUUAGGACCCUUGUUGGAGCCAGACUACGUUGCUUCUUUACUCGUUGAUGCAUUUGAAGCACAAGAAACACGUAUCAUCUUAACUCCUUUCAUGAACAACUUGACUCCUUCCAUCAAGGCACAUCCACAAUUCGUUAGAGAUUUUAUUCAAUCAACCGCUGGCGGAGAUGGAUCUUACCCCUCGAGACCUUCGGCUGCACAGUUGGGACACGCUUAAAUAGUUAGGUACACAUGGCCUUGUUUGUAUAUUCGCUCAUCUUUUGACAAUUCUUGAUCU